AUGGAGACAGAGUCAUCGCGUAUAUUCGUUCGGGGACUGCCCCCGACCAUGAGCGAGGCCGACUUCAAGAAGCACUUUGGCAAAUAUGAAGUCACGGAUGCCAGACUCUUUCCUCAGCGCCGAAUUGGUUAUGUCGGAUACAAGUCGCCUGAAGAUGCGAAAAAGGCUGUCAAGUACUUCAACCGUACUUUCAUUCGCAUGUCCAAGAUCGGCGUUGAGCUGGCUAGACCCAUCGGUGAGGCUCCGACAAGGAAGCAAGGUCAAUCUUCACAACACCCCUUGGCAAUGGCAAAGUUGCCUGCGCACAAUGCAAACGCCGAGCCUGUAGUAGCAAACCUCAAGCGGAAACGUGCCACUCCCGAACCCGAGGCAAAAGAGAAGGACCCCAAGCUGAGCGAAUUCUUGAACGCUAUGCAGGCUCCUUCAAAGCUUCGUGGCACUCGAGGUGAGGAGGUCGACAUCGCUGCCCAAGAGCUAGACACCAAGGUUGUUGUGCCCGAGGCCGACAGUGAUUCCGAGUAUGAGAACGUGCCCAAGAAGCAGAAGAAGGAGGAAGGCACUACUACAACACGACCCUCGCAUACCGUCGCCGCAUCGCCGACCCCUGAACCUGUCCCUCAACCAGAACCUGCAGCAGCGAACGACGAAGAAUUUGAGGGCUUUGAAGAUGAGCCAGCACCACCAACAGAUGAGGUCGAAGAGAAGGUCAGAUCAAGUCAACGCUUGUACCUACGAAAUCUUUCCUACGCUACCCAGGAGGACGACUUACGGAGUGCUUUCGCUGAAUUUGGAAAUCUUGAAGAGGUUCACGUACCGAUAGAUCCCAAGACUGGCACUCCCAAGGGCUUCGCUUAUCUUCAUUUUACAAAUGCUGAUAGUGCUUUGAAGGCAUUGCGUGAUAUGGAUGGCAAAGUCUUUCAAGGUCGCCUGCUACACAUCCUUCCCGCCGCUGCCAAACGAGAGGAUAAGCUCGACGACUUCGCCUUGUCGAAGCUUCCUCUCAAGAAGCAGCAAGCCAUCAAGCGCAAGCGUGAAGCUGCAUCCGCUACAUUCAACUGGAACUCGCUUUACAUGAACGCUGAUGCUGUCAUGUCUUCAGUCGCUGACCGUCUUGGAGUUUCCAAGGCUGAGCUGCUGGAUCCUACCUCUUCGGAUGCGGCUGUCAAGCAGGCACAUGCCGAGACACACGUUAUUCAGGAGACGAAGUCAUACUUCAAGCAGAACGGUGUUGAUAUGGAUGCUUUCAAGAGGCGGGAGCGUGGCGACACAGCCAUUCUGGUGAAGAACUUCCCCUACGAGACCAAGGCCAGUGAGCUGAAGGAGCUAUUCGAGCAACAUGGCAAAGUCAAGAGAUUCUUGAUGCCACCGUCAGGCACCAUUGCCAUUGUCGAGUUCCAUCAUGCCCCUGAGGCUCGUGCUGCAUUUGCUUCUCUGGCUUAUCGCAAAAUUCACACAUCGGUUCUCUUCCUUGAGAAGGCGCCCAAAGAUCUGUUCCAGGCAACAGCUCCGCUUACUGAUAGUACCGAUAGAGAGACAACACAAGCUGGUCUGGAUGCCAAGGCUUCCGCUAGCGAACUGCUGCAAGAGACUGGUACGGAGGUUGCUGCUGGCACUACCAGUACUCUCUUCGUGAGAAACCUCAACUUCUCCACUACAACAGAUCGUCUGACCGAUGUCUUCCGUCCACUCUCUGGCUUCCUGACCGCAAGAGUCAAGACGAAGACAGACCCCAAGAAGCCUGGUCAGGUUCUCAGUAUGGGUUUCGGCUUUUUGGAGUUCGCCAGCAAGCAACAGGCUGCAGCUGCCAUUACAGCAAUGGAUGGCUACAGUCUCGAUGGUCACAAGCUGCAGCUGCGUGCGUCGCACAAGGCUACUGAUGCUGCCGAAGAGCGUCGCAAAGAAGACAAGGCCAAGAAGCUUGCUGCUCGGGGAACCAAGAUUAUCAUCAAAAACUUGCCAUUCGAAGCGACCAAGAAGGACGUGCGCGCUCUCUUUGCUGCCUAUGGACAACUCCGCUCGGUCCGUGUUCCGAAGAAAUUCGAUAAAGGUGCUCGCGGUUUUGCUUUUGCCGACUUCACCACACCAAAAGAAGCAGAGAAUGCAAUGGAUGCUUUGCGCGACACUCACUUGCUUGGUCGUAGACUUGUUCUCGACUUUGCUGCAGAAGACGCAGAAGACGCCGAGGCCGAAAUCGAAGCCAUGGCAAAGAAGGCAGGCUCGCAACUCAACAAAGUCGCUCUACAAAAACUCACCAGCGGCGGCCGCAAAAAGUUCCGUGUGGGCGACGAUCAAGAUGGUUUGGACGAGGCGUGA